GGGCCGGGCCGGCCGGUCCAGGGAGCGGCGCUGAGGGAGCGGCCGACCAUGGGCAGCGAGAGCAGCGCCGAGGCGAACCCGGUCCCUCCGCACCUGCUGCCCCCGCCCCAGGAGCCCGAUCUCCGGCGGCUGAGCGACGAGGAACGCCGGCAGAUCCGCGCCGUCAUGUCGGCCGGCAGGAUCCCGCAGGCGAGCGGUGGGGGCCGAGUGGAGCCGGGAGCGGAGCCGCAGCCGGGAGCGGGACCGGGACCCCCCGCCCAGGAGCCCCCAGCCCGUGCACAGAGGUCGGCAGCCCCGGGCGCGCCGCCACCGCCCCGCACCACCAGCAUGAUGCCCAGCUUCCUCUCGGACGGCCGCCCGCUCAGCGCCGUGUCCUCGGUCGUCAACAAGUUCGGCCUCUUCGACUCCAAAGUCGAGCCCGAGGAGGCGGCCCGGCGCCCGGCACCCGCGCCCAGAGCCCCGCCCGGCGCCCGGGACCCCGGCACGGCCGAGCCGCCGGCUUCAGCACCGCGGACAGCGCCAGGGCCGCCUGGGAACCUGUGCCCCGUGUGUGCGAGCGCCGAGCUGGGAGCCGCCAACUGCAGCCGCUGCACCCAGUGUGGGCUCCUGGUGUGCGCUCAGUGCGGCUUCAACCCCAACCCGCACAUCAGCCAGGUCAAAGAAUGGCUGUGCUUGAACUGUCAGAUGCAAAGAGCCCUUGGUAUGGACGUGACCUCAGCCCCUGGCUCCAAACCACAGCCCCUGCAGUCAAAGCAGGGAACUCCUGCCUCAGCCCCACAAGCGGCCAAACAGGGGCCAGCUCAGCAGACAACACAGAAAGAGCCCACUCAGAGACUUGAACAAGCUAAGCCAUUGUCACAAGCUGGACCAAGGAAGCAGCCAUUGCUCACCAAGCAGAAAUCAAUGGCUGCAUCCCCACCACAGAAGCCCAAACAACCAUCCCAUGGGCCACCAGAGCAACAACCACUUCAGCAAACGGUCCAGAAACCAAAACCAGUUAAAGCUUCACCACAGGUUGUUUCCACCACUCAGACACCAGAAAGACAACAACCUUCACCAGGUGCCCAGCAGAAAGAUUCCAAACAGACUAAAAAAAUGGACCAAACAGCAACUCAACAACCUGCAGAGAAACAGAAAGAUUCUGAUCCUAGAAUGCAGCCACAACAGUUGAAAAUGAAGGGGGUUUCUGCUCCAGAGCCAGAGGUUGUCCAAAAAGAGCAUGUGGUUGAAGCAAGCCAAUCAACACAGGCACAGAAGCCAACACCAGUGGUCAAAGCUCCCCAGGAAAAGCAGAUUGCUGGGGUUGCUCAUCCCCUCAAGCAGCCUGCUUUGAAAGUGGAAUCAAAAACCAUUCAUCCAAAAGAAGAGACUGGAAAACCAAGUCAGAGGCUGCCAGCUGCAAAGCCACUGUCUUCACAAAUUCCUCCAGAGAGUCAAAGAGUUCAGAAGCCUCCAGAACAGUCACGGCGUUUCAGCCUAAACUUGGGGGGUUCUACCCAACCCCCACAGUUUCAGCCAACAACUCCUCAAGAAAGUGUUACUGGAAAGCUCUUUGGUUUCGGGGCUUCGCUCUUCAGCCAAGCCUCUACUUUAAUAUCAACAACACCGCAGCAACAGGACCAACACAAGCUGGGUCCCAAGCAGCAUCCUGCACAGCCAACCCCUGCUGCAAGUGGCAUGUCUCAGAAAAGUUUUAAACCAGACACCGGUAAAAGAGAAAUAAAAGCUCAAGCAGCAGAAAAAUUAGAGCAGAAGGCAACUGUGACAGCUCAAGGCACGAAGGAGACUGGACCUGCUCAGAAGGUUGCAGCAGUAAAACAAACAGCUGAAGUACUUGCCAAGGGACCCAAGCCAAUGGAGCCUAAAAUGGGUGCUCCAUCUGAGACCACAUGCCCUCUUUGUAAAACUGAUCUGAACAUUGGUUCCAACGCUGCUCCCAACUACAAUACAUGUACAGAAUGCAAGACUGUUGUGUGCAACCUCUGUGGAUUUAACCCAAUGCCACAUCUAACAGAGGUUGAGGAAUGGUUGUGCUUGACCUGUCAGACUCAACGGGCUCUCAGUGGACAACUUGGAGACCCUGGAAAAAUGCCACCUUUGCUUCCAAUGUCAUCAAAACCACCAGUGAAACAGUCAUCGCCUGGUCUCCCCCCACCCAAACAACAACCAUCUCCACCUUCAACUAGUUCAUCACCUUCCAAACCCUCAGGAGAACAAACAAUGGUCCCUCAGCCAAAAGAAACAGAGCAAGAAAAGGCAAGAACUUCCCAAGUAGCAGAGACAAAGGAAGCAGUCUCAAUUGUUCCAGCCAAACCAGCAGAAACAACACUUACAACUAAACAAGACGCAGCUCUGGAACAGGAAUUACACGCCCCAAAACCAGGCACUAGAGAGCAGCCUCCAUCCGCUGAGGAAAAGCAGUUUCAAUCUAUUCCCGAGCAAACAGUAACCGCUGAGAAACAAGACGCAGAAUCAUCUGCACCAAAACAUUUGCAGGUAGUCACCAAACAUGAAGCAGCUGAAAUAAAGGAUGUGAAAGCUGAAGAAGCCUUGUCCAUAACUGGCCUUACGGAAUCGCGCUCUGAAGUGACAAAGGAGCAGACUGAACAACUAAGGAAGCCUGAGCAGGUGGAGAAAGUAAAAGAAAAAGUAACAACAGAGAAGGAGGAAGACAAAUCAGAUUCAUCUGCAUUACUUCAGCAGAGGAGCCCACAGGGUUUGAGUGAUACAGGCUAUUCAUCUGAUGGUAUAUCAAGCUCACUGGGUGAAAUUACAACCACCCUUCCAAGUGAAGAUAAAGACUUGCUCAAAGAGCCAGUGAAGAAAGAUUCCGUUUCUCAGGAAAGUAGUCCUUCAAGUCCAUCUGACCUUGCCAAGUUAGAAAGUACUGUACUUUCAAUCCUAGAAGCUCAGGCAAACACACAAAACAAUGAGAAGCCAGGCCAGUACAAAGAUCCUUAUGGACUUUAUAAUGACCAAGAAAGGGAACGACACAGGCCAAGGACCUUGCCAAUUACUCCUGAAUCUUAUAGCUCAGAUGAAGAGGAUCUGGAAGAUAUUCAGGAAGAAGAUGAAGAAGCUCUGGAGGAUGAGAAUCAUGGUGAUACAUUGUCUAAAACAGAGAUGAGAGAAACCUAUGGUUCUCAGGAUGAAGCAGCCAUGAGGAGACAGAGGUAUGAUUCUCUGGAGGACAGCAGUGAGAGCGAACACUCACCCCGUCCUCACCGACAGAGAACAAUCAGUGUUGGAUCGUCAAGUAGUGACAGCCACGGUUCUGGUGAUGAAGAAGAAUUUAUUCGAAAGCAGAUUAUUGAGAUGAGUGCAGAAGAAGAUGAAUCAGGAUCUGAUGAGGAUGAAUUCAUCAGGGCUCAGCUGAAAGAGAUUAGUACAAAAGAGCGCCCUGAGAGCAAAGGAUCAACUGUUAAGCACAGACGCCUUUCAAAGAAAAGCAGCACAAGUCACGAUGAUGAUCCAGGGAGACGGCACUCGUGGCACGAUGAUGACGAUGAUGAAGUGUACGAUGAGAGCCCCGAUGCAAAGUACAGAGAGACUAAAAGUCAAGACAAUGAAGAGUUGUCUGUCUCAGCUGGUGGAGGUCUUCGACGUUUCAAAACAAUUGAUUUGAACAGUUCUAUUGCAAAUAAAUAUACAGAAGAUUCUGUGAACAAAAAGGAUGAGUUGUAUUACGAUGAGGAACCAGAGCUGGAGAUGGAAAGCUUGACUGAUUCACCAGAAGACAGAUCGAGAGGAGAAGGUUCAUCCAGCCUACAUGCAACUUCCAGCUUCACCCCUGGUACUUCACCCACAUCAGUGUCAUCGUUGGAUGAAGAUAGUGACAGUAGCCCAGGUCACAAAACCGUACUUGGAGAGAGUAAACAGCAACGGAAGGCUAGGCACAGAUCACAUGGUCCGUUGUUGCCAACUAUUGAAGACUCUUCUGAAGAAGAAGAAUUGCGGGAGGAGGAAGAACUUCUGCGAGAACAAGAGAAACAACGAGAAUUAGAGCAGCAACAAAGAAAAAGUUCAACAAAGAAAUCUAAGAAAGAUAAAGAUGAGCUGAGAGCUCAGAGAAGACGUGAGCGUCCAAAAACACCUCCUAGCAACCUCUCGCCAAUUGAAGAUGCCUCACCUACAGAAGAGCUGCGACAAGCCGCAGAAAUGGAGGAAUUACAUCGAUCUUCAUGCUCUGAAUAUUCACCCAGCAUUGAGUCUGAAUCUGAAGGCUUCGAAAUAAGUCCAGAAAAAAUUCUAGAGGUCCAGAAAGUUUACAAGUUGCCUACAUCGGUUUUGUUGUAUUCUCCAACAGAUGACAAAACUGGCAACAUUAUGGAAGAUGCUAUUAGUCGGAAGUCAUUGAAGAGUGCCGAAGAAGCAUAUGAAGAAAUGAUGCAGAAAGCAAAAUUACUUCAGAAUCAGAAAGGACCUGAUGAAGUAUUUGAAAAGGAGCCUUUAUAUGGGGGCAUGUUAAUUGAAGAUUAUAUAUAUGAAUCUUUAGUAGAAGAUACUUAUAAUGGAACCACAGAUAACCAUUACUUAAGUACAGGGCAGGAUACUGGUGCUGGACUGUUCCAAGAAGCUGAAAAGAAAUUAAGAAGUCCAGAUGAAAUUUAUGAAGAAAUAAUGAAAAAAUCACCCACUUACAGUGACACCAAACAGUACUGUUACGCACAACCUUUAGACGUGAGCCUCCAGCAACAGCAAUUGCUUUCCUCUAUGCAAGCUGGUGGAGAAGUAAUUGUUACUCAUUCAUCAGGGGUCAUUGAAUCUUCCACAAACAUGGACAAGCAGUUAUUAGACGCUGACACUGCAUAUGAGGAACUCAUGAAGCGACAAAGGGCACUAUUAACUCCUGGAACCAGCCCAACCCAGCCCAGUUCUCCUGAGUCCCCUGUGUCUGCUGAAUCAGAUGCUACUCACAUUUCUGUGGCAACAUUUCCAUCUGCUUCCACCAGGGUACGUGACGAAUUGACAACCUCAAUGCCACAUCUGGAUGCAGGGACCACCCAAACUAUAAUGACAGCUGGUAUGAUGCAUUCUAUCCCAGAUGUCAAAAUUACACAGCACUUUACAACAGAAGAGGACAUUGAAACAGAAUACACAGAACAAUAUUGUGUCGAUAAAGGACAUGAUACCCCAGAGGCUGUGAAACACAGCAAAUCAGAGGCUACAACCAGCUCUGUGGCAUCAACAACAGCAACAUCUACAGCAUUUGCCACACCUACCUGCACAAUUCCUUCAACUGUUACCACAGCAGUUUGCUACACUAUGCCAGUUGAGGCAAAAGAUUCUGUUACAGCUGGUAAAUCCACAAGUGAAGAGAGUGUCAUUUUAGCACCUACAUCCACAUCUACUGUCAAAGUUACAACAAGUCCUUUAACUUGUGCAGUGGGAAGGACUUCUCAUGUAUAUUUUGUUACUGCCCCUUCUGAGCUUGCAACCAUGGCAGAUCAUGUAAUUAUUUCAGUGCCUCCAACUCUGGAAAGUUCUGAGAUUCCCAACUCUGCUGCAGUGGCUUCAUUACCAGAAGCUACACCAUCUAUUGUAGGUAAUACUUACACUAAAGUUGUCCCUUCAGUGAGUGUUACUAUAUGUGGAGGCCCGGAUACAACACAACCGAUACCUAAAGCUACACUGGCUUCUAUUGUGCCAGUGUCAGAAAAUGAGAAAAUUACAACUGCCUCAAGUACUGCAUCAGUUUCCACUGCCUCCACGGCAGUGUUCACCACAGUCACCUGUACUGCCCCACAACGACCACAAACCACAUCUUGGGAUCCUUCUCUUCCUUUUAAAGUGGGGCCAUUUGUCACAAGGCCAACACUGCAAUCUGUUAUAGACUCGCAAUUCCCCCCACCACCACCUCCUCCCCCUCUCCCUCCUCUCACUUUUCCAAAGCCAUUUAUCAUCCCAAAAAAGUCAUCCCUGGCUUCAGUUCCAACCUGUGGACUGGGCUCUCCCAUACACACUAGUGUUAGAACUGGUAUAUCUGAUACCUCAGAUCAAAGCAGUUUGACAGCAGAUGGAAAGCUAUUCCACGCAAUGCCACCUCCUGUCCCUCCUAAACCAGCCUCUAUUCCCUCUGGGUUGGGAUUCCCUACAAAACCAACAGACGGAAUACGGCCUGCAAUUCCGCCAAAGCCUUCACUCACUCACCUUCCCUUGACUGUGCAUCAACCAAGUGAAUUACAGCAAAAAACUACUGCCUCAACCACAACCUUGUCUUUGAAUUUGACCUCGCCAGGGGACUUUAAGCUAACCUCUCCAACAUCUCCCAUGUCCCCUCUCUCAAACAAAGCUUCUCCAAAGUUAACUCUGCACUCCCAAGCUACUUAUGUAGUAAUCACCUUGCCAUCGGAGCCUGGUACACCGACGGAAUCCAUUACUUGUCAAUCAUCUCCUACUCAACUAACUGCAACCGUGACAAAAUCACAUGGUCUCGCCUGUUUACCAUCCACCAUAUCCUUAGCUCACUUCACCCAAUCUCUGGAAACCCAGAAAAUAGUUGAAAAGGGGAAAACAGAGACCGUUUAUUUCUAUCAGAGUUUGGCACAGGGUGUUAUAUCAACAGUGGCUCGUGAGCUAUCGGCUAAGGUCACACAGGUUCCUGUGGUAUACAAUACAGUACCAAGCACUGGUGCAUUGAGUGUCUCUAUAUCCAUACCUCCUGACAGUAAAUAUUCUGAACAGACACACCUUCAGGAAACCAAGAGAACCCUGGAUCACACAGCCCCAUUCCUCAGUGAUGUGAUUGAUCUUCGUACUUUGUCAUCUCUGGAUUCUGCGAUGACGGAUAACGGGAUGGAUUUAUCAACAUUCUCAGUGGACGGGAGAAGGCAGGAUUUGAUAGUUGAUGCUGGCAGUGGGCGGCAGGGCAGUGUGGUUCAGCCUGCCAUUGUGAAUCUAAGUACAACUGGAUCAGUGGAACAAAUGCCAUUUUCCACCCUGGCAUUGCCUGCAACGAGUGUAGCUGCAGUUCCUUGCAGCACAAGCGCAUCAUUUACUGCCGACUCUUUUGAUGGACCUGUAGAUCUGGGACAUGCUGUGUCAUUACCACUUCAGCUAACAGCCAAGUUUGAUGAUGCAGCAAUCACUCAUGGUCAGCCAGCUGGAACAAGCAUGGAAGAAAUUCCAAUCAACCUGACGUGUAGUACCACUGCAUCACUGGCAGGCUGGCCUGUUCCAAAGCCAUCGACCAUAGCUCCUACUGGAACAACUAAUGGAUGGGUAGACAUACAACCUGCAGAGGUUGCAGCAGUUGACUUAAGCACCACAAAACCUCAUCGAAUGAUGGUGGCACUUGAUGAUUUAACAUCUGGAAUUGUUACUGCAAUUGUGGAAGAGGAAGACAAACCUGUUGAUUUGACGGCAGGAAGACAAAACGUUUGCUGUGAUGUGGUUUACAAGUUUCCAUUUGGUCGCAGUUGUUCUUCUUUAGUGCAGGAACCUGCUUCUACACUACCCGAAGAUCGUUAUGGGUACAGAGACGACCACUAUGUAUAUGAUCGUAGUGGACCCCAUGGUUACCGAGGAAUUGGGAGCAUGAAGCCUUCCAUGUCUGAUACAAACUUGGCAGAAGCUGGUGUGUUUCUGUACAAGAGCAAACACAGCUUUGACAGCAUUGGUACAGCAGAUAUAGCAGUUGACUUAACUGCAGGAAAACUGACGACAGGUGAAUUAAUGGACUAUUCUGCAGUUUGUACUCAGCCUCAAGACCACCUCAGCAAGGGAGCACUGAGCUAUCCAGAGACAAGACCAGCUGGGCUGCCACAAUAUUCUCAAGCAAGAAUAAUACCAACUAUAGGAAGCCACUAUGGCAUGCCAAGUGUUCUACGAUCUUCUGGUGGCAUUGUUUAUUCUUCUGUGGCAACUCCAAUCCCGUCCACUUUUGCAAUAACUACCCAGCCAGGUUCAAUAUUCAGCCAGUCCCUUAGUCUCCAUACCAGCGAAACCUCACCUUCAAUAUCUGGGUUACCCCAUAGUCAGCCAGCUAAAAUAGGCAGAGAACUAGGUGUUGGGCUUCCACUAGGCUUAGAUACUUCAACCUUUCAAUCUGUUGGCACGGAACCACUGCAAAGUGGACCCCACAUAACAAUGAUUGCAGCCACACAUCCAGACUCCUCUUCAAGAGGCAGCUUCAUGCCAUCUGAAACUGAUUACAUGCAGAAACAAGACAUUGACUCACCAGCAGUUCCCAAACUGUCACCUGUUGUUUCACCUACAUCUGAAGAGAACAAACAUUUGCUGAUGGAAAGAGAAAUGUUGGAGUUUGAGAAGAUGAAGCAGAUCCGUUUAGCUGAAGAACUUGAGCGAGAGCGCCAUGAGAUCCAGAUAUUCCGAGAGCAGGAAAAGCUCAUUGUUCAGCGGGAACUUCAGGAGCUCCAGACUAUGAAACAGCAACUCCUGUAUCAGCAAGAAGAGGAACGUCAAGCUCAGUUUAUGAUGCAGCAAGAAACCAUAGCCCAGCAGCAGAUGCAGCUCGAACAAAUACAACAGCUACAGCAGCAACUGCAACAACAACUUGAGGAGCAAAAGAUCCGACAGAUAUACCAGUACAGUUAUGAUCCCUCCGGUGUGGUCACACCCCAGACAUCUGCAGAUCAAGCAAUUCGAGAAUCCCAGUACACUACAGCAGACAAUGGUCAGUUCUGGCAUGCCCAAGAGGCCAGUACCUCAGUCUCAGCUGUGAUGGGACAUGAGGUGCCGCAGACACAGUCAUGGUAUGCUGUUCAGUCAGAUGGAAUUCCUCAGCACAUGCCUCGGCCCUGCCUGCCGAGCUCAGUAUCAGAAAUGUCUUUGAAAGAUGUGGAUGUGCGGGAAGGAAGGCCACUGAGAAAGAGAAGCUCCAUGCCGAGGCUGCGAGCUCAGUGUACAGAUGAUCUGGAUGAAGGUAUGCAAGAGUCAAAAUCGUACAAGAAGAUAGUUGACAGUGGAGUCCAAACUGAUGAUGAAGAAGGAACAGAAAGAUCCUACACCAGUAGAAGAAGAAGAUCAAAAAAGAGUGUGGAUUCCAGUGUUCAGACAGAUGAUGAAGAUAAUCAGGAGGACUGGGACAUUCCCACUAGAAGACGCAAGUCUCGUGGGGGAAAGUACGCUGACGGUGGUGCAGAGUUGGACAAAGCAAAGCGCUUGCAGUUGACAAAACUUUCCAAUAUUGCAGUGCAGACUGUAGCUGAAAUUUCUGUUCAAACAGAACCUGAAGGAAUAAUAAGGACACCUUCAAUAAGGGCUCGAAUUGAGUCCAAGAUAGAAAUUGUGAAGCACAUUUCAGCUCCAGAGAAAACUUACAAAGGUGAAAGCUUAGGUUGCCAGACUGAGGCAGAUUCUGAUGGGCAAAGUCCCCCAUACUUGAGCAGUAAGGUCAUCGCGACAGCAUCCCCACAAAAAUCUGACAAAAAACGCCCAACACCAUUAGAAAUUGGAUAUUCAACUCAUCUUCGAGCAGAUUCAUCAUUUCAAGUUGUUCCCUCCCCCCCCAAAUCUCCCAAGGUAUUGUACUCACCAAUCUCACCAAUGUCUCCAAACAAAGAACUAGAGGCUGUGUUUGAGCCCUAUGAUAAAUCCUCUUCAGUGGACAUAAUCUCACAGAAACUAACAGCUCCAGAACUGCCUAAGGGUCAGCCUCUAAGCCCUAGGACCAUCAAGGUGAUGCAGCGAUCCAUGUCUGACCCCAAACCACUGAGUCCUACAGCAGAAGAAAGCUCUAGAUUACAUUUCCAAUAUAGCGACAGCUACAUGACCAAAAGUUCUCAAAGUAUCACUCCAGCGGGUACUCAGAAAAAAGUGAAGCGAACUCUUCCCAACCCUCCUCCAGAGGAGGCUAGUGCUGCAGGGAAUCAGGCAACAUUCUCCAAUGCGGGCUCUGUUUCCCGAAGGCGAGUCUGUAGGACAAACACCAUGGCAAGAGCUAAAAUUCUCCAGGACAUUGACAGGGAAUUGGAGCUUGUGGAGAGAGAGUCCUCCAAACUCAGGAAAAAACAGGCAGAGCUGGAUGAAGAAGAAAAAGAAAUUGAUGCCAAGUUACGAUAUUUAGAAAUGGGCAUCAAUCGAAGAAAAGAAGCUUUACUGAAAGAGAGAGAGAAAAGGGAGCGAGCAUAUUUACAGGGUGUGGCCGAAGAAAGAGACUACAUGUCAGACAGUGAAGUAAGCAAUAUAAGGGAAACCAGAAUGGACGGACAACGUGGAUUAGAGAGGCCGAGAACGGCACCACAGUCUGAUUAUGAGCAGUUUCUCUCCUCUCAAACCCAGUCUCAACCUCAGUACGCAACCACUCCCAGCCAUUAUACACAGUACCAGUACUCCACUCCAACACCAACACAAGCCCAAACACAGUACCAACAGCAGUCAUUAUACCAUCAGCAAGUUUCUCCCUAUCAAACCCAGCCAACGUAUCAAGCAGUCCCCACCAUUACCUACCAACAACAGCAGUCCCCUGCUUCCCAAGGCCAGUCCGCAACCUACCCACAUUCAUCACAAGUAAUGAUGAUUCAGCAAAAACCCAGACAGACAGCACUUGUUGAUCUUGAACCAAAAAUAACCACAAACUAUGAGGUGAUUCAUAAUCAGCCUGUUCUAAUGGCCUCUACUUCUACAGACACCACAUAUGCAGUUCCUCAUUUGAGUAGUAAAUACAGCAAUUUAGACCUUAGAAUAGGUUUGGAUGAAAGAGGAACCAUGGUAAGUAGUCCCAUGUCAGGUAUUUCUGCAGAUUCCUAUUAUACAGACCUAGAACACCAUGCACCCAGGAACUAUGUUCUGAUUGAUGACAUUGGGGAACUCACUAAAGGAUCUAGUUCUCUUACUACUGGUUUUAACCUUCAUAAUAUACAAAAGGAAGUACAAAAGAGUGAGCGACUUCUCCGUGCCAGUGAAGCACGGAGAGCUGGAGAUGUGAAAGAUUUUAUCGGGACACUGCAGACGUCUACCCGGUUACACUCCUAUGGGAAAGCAGAAGAGGACUCCAUGGAGGAUCCUUACGAGCUGAAGCUUUUGAAGCAACAAAUAAAACAAGAGUUCCGCAGAGGUACCGAAGGUUUAGAACAUCUUUCUGGCCUCCCCCACUAUUAUCACGGAGACAGCAGCUACCGGCACUUUGCCAAGUCUGAGAAGUACAGCAUUAGCAGGCUGACUCUGGAAAAACAAGCUGCAAAACAAUUGCCCCCAUCCUUUAUUUACCAAAAACAAAGCAAGCACAAAAAACAAUUGCUGGACCCCAAAAUUUCCAAGUUUUUGCCAAUUCAGGAAGCUCGAGAUGUCGAGGCAGAAUAUGCCAGCUACAUGGGCAGUACACCGUCAGCAUCUGGAGUUAGUUCCAGGGCAAGACUUAUUCAGGAUGACAUAACAUUUGGACUAAGAAAAAAUAUUCGUGACCAGCAGAAAUUUCUAGGGCCAGCUAUCAGGUCGACUUUAGAUGAUGAAAUUGACAAAGCGUACACAAGUGGAACAAGAUCCAGGCCCUCAUCUGUUUAUGGACUUGAUUUGUCAAUUAAAAGAGAUCCUUCCAGUACAUCGUUACGGAUAAAAAGUCAGGAAAAUGAUCCGUUAGAUAUGGCCUAUGCUCCUUCUGGACGAACUAAGCCAUCUAGUUUACCCAUCAGCCACAGUAGGGGGAGAAUUCCCAUUGUGGCCCAGAAUUCAGAAGAAGAAAGUCCUCUGAGCCCAGUUGGACAACCCAUGGGAAUGGCUCGUGCAGCAGCAGGUCCAUUGCCACCAAUAUCAGCUGAUACUAGGGAGCAGUUUGGCUCAAGCCACUCACUGCCUGAAGUGCAGCAGCACAUGAGAGAGGAAUCUCGGACCCGUGGAUAUGACCGUGAUAUAGCAUUCAUCAUGGAUGACUUCCAACAUGCCAUGUCAGACAGUGAAGGGCUAUGCACAGCACUGAAUCAAUUAACUGAACCCAACCAAACUAAGUUCAUUGAAAUCAAUUCAUACCAUCUUCGACGGGAAGAAACAGAUUGGUUUGACAAGCCACGUGAAUCUCGCAUUGAAGAUGUACCUGCCAUAAAUCGCAAAGUUCCAGAGAAAUUAUCCCAUUCCAGACAAUCUCAACCACAGUCUGCAGAAAUUAGUGGGAAGCCUGUUCAGUACAACUUUCCCCACUCUCGGGUCAGAGUUCAAAGGGAUAUGAAGGACCAGACAAUCUCAGGAAAUGGAUUGGGAAUCAGGAUUAUUGGUGGGAAAGAAAUUCCAGGACGAAAUGGAGAAAUUGGUGCUUAUGUUGCCAAGGUCGUUCCUGGGGGAUCUGCGGAGCAAACAGGCAAGCUCACAGAAGGAAUGCAAGUUCUUGAGUGGAAUGGAAUUCCUUUGACUGGUAAAACCUAUGAGGAAGUGCAAUGCGUCAUUGGUGUCCCAGUUCGGGAAGCUGAAAUAUGUGUAAGACUGGACCUCAACAUGCUUUCCGAUUCAGAGAAGCUCCAGCAUUUGGACCUGAAGGACCGAACAAAGGCAGGAGAAAAGCAAAGGUCACCAGGAGUUGACCCGAAGCAACUGGCAGCAGAACUACAGAAGGUGUCUCAGCAGGCACCUUGUGUAGUGAGUUCAGCCACAGAGAAAGGAGCCCACAGCCAUUCAGGAACCACAUCCGCUGCUUCGAGCGCUGCCCCGAGUCCUGGGCAACCUGCUUCCCCUUCAAUAAGCAAAAAGCGACACAGCAGCAAGCCUCCUGAAACAGCAAGCAAGUCACAUCCAAUUACUGGAGAAAUUCAGUUGCAAAUGAACUAUGACAAGCAAGUUGGAAAUCUCAUUGUUCAUGUUCUACAAGCCCGGGACCUUGCUCCAAGAGACAACAAUGGUUAUUCAGACCCAUUUGUUAAGGUUUAUCUUCUUCCAGGCAGAGGCCAAGUUAUGGUUGUCCAGAAUGCAAGUGUAGAGAACAAGCGCAGAACUAAGCACGUGCAGAAAAGCCUCAACCCAGAAUGGAAUCAAACUGUGAUUUACAAAAACAUCACAAUGGAGCAGCUUAAAAAGAAGACACUGGAAGUUACCGUUUGGGAUUACGAUCGAAUCUCCUCCAAUGACUUCCUUGGUGAAGUGCUGAUUGACUUGUCUAAUACCUCACAUUUUGAUAACACCUUGCGAUGGUAUCCGCUAAAGGAACAGACUGAGAGUAUUGACCAAGUGAGGUCACAUUCUGGACAGAGCAGCCAGCAACUUCCAAAAACUUCAGUAAUCAAGAGUCGCAGCCAUGGUAUCUUCCCAGAUCCAUCCAAGGAGAUGCACGUGCCCACCAUUGAGAAAUCUCAGAGUAGUCCUGCCAGCUCAAAAUCAUCAUCAGAAGGACAUUUGCGUUCUCAUGGACCAUCACGAAGUCAGAGCAAAAGCAGCGUCACUCAGACCCACCUAGAAGAUGCUGGAGCAGCCAUUGCUGCCGCAGAAGCAGCUGUGCAGCAGCUCCGAGUCCAGCCAACACAUAAAAGCGGUCAGGCUCAAAAUCACGCCAGGAAGCACAGACACAGCAUUGCAGGCGUCCCAAUACAAAGAACUCAGUCUGACAAUCUACCUUCACCAGCCAAUGAGAACAAAGACCAAAGUCAACUCGCCAUAAGGAAGGUGAUGUCAGAAGGAUCACCCAAGGCCGAAGGAGCAAAGUCCACGAACCACAGACCCGGCGAGUCUUCCAUCUCCACUGCCUCAUCUGUUAGCAGUGCUGGAAGUGGCUACAAUGUAGAUAGUGAAGGCAGCACGACAGGAGGGGAGUGCAACCUGUUCACUGACACUCAAAUGGGUAAAAUGAGCCAGGACUCUGAGAUCAUUCUGAAAGAGGAAAAGCACAAAGCAUCUGACCAGUUCCAGCAGCAGGGCCUUGGCCCAGCAGAAACCAAUGGUAAAACUCAAGUAAUGGGAGAGAUUAAAAUUGCUCUGAAGAAGGAGAUGAAAACAGAUGGAGAGCAGCUAUUAGUGGAGAUUCUUCAAUGCAGAAACAUUACCUACAAAUUUAAGUCACCCGAUCAUUUACCAGACCUGUACGUGAAAUUAUAUGUCAUAAACAUUUCAACGCAAAAGCGAAUAUUUAAGAAGAAAACUCGUGUCUGCAGGCAUGACCGAGAGCCUUCAUUUAAUGAGACAUUUCGUUUUAGUCUUAGCCCAGCUGGACACUCACUUCAGAUUUUACUUGUCUCUAAUGGUGGGAAAUUCAUGAGGAAGACGCUGAUUGGUGAGGCAUAUAUCUGGCUUGACAAAGUGGAUCUCAGGAAGAGAGUGGUUAACUGGCACAAGCUGCUCGUCAGCUCAACUGAGAGUCAACGAGGAGCUACGUCUGGGUUUAAUGUGCAAAACUGACCUGGUCACCAAGUGGAAAGUUGAAAUCUGGCUCUUUGCUGCUGUCCUGUUGAACAGUUUGGAACUUCUCAAAGGGAAAGAGAUUGUGUCUCAGUCUAUUUAUACUGUGGCCAUCAUGACUCCCCAGAGUCUAGUUCAGUCCAGUCUUAGGUGGUUCAAAGUGACAGCAUUUGCAAGUAAGAAACCAGGUUAUAAAAUACAUAACACCUUUAAACAGCAAAAAUAUAAAGAAAAUGUUGAAGGGACUAACGUACAACAGUGGGCAGAUACUGAUGUAUUAUAUGGAAUCCAUUCAAGGCAAAGGAAGUGUUGGAACAGAUCUGUGUUGUAAGGUGGAGGGGUUGUGAAGAUCAGCCUUAAUAGGCACAGAAAAUUAAUAUAACCAUGUCACCCUACUGUGCGAAAACUCCCUUUUUCAUAUGAAAAUAUCAGUAUUGUCCUGAUAUCCAGUCACAAAUAUACACAAACUUGCAGUAUUUUUGAUAGUGUGAGAAAAUUUCUAAUGUUCCAAAAAUUAUCUCUGAAAUUAAAGUAUUCAGGUUUUUGUUACUUUUAAACAAUAUGGUGAUUGACGGAGCAAGGUAAUGGCUGUAUGAUUCAGAGUUUAUACAUGGGGCAAAUGUUGAAAUUUCAAAGCCUCUUUCUGCUGAGGUUGAAUGUGGUCUUGAAAUGCUGAAUUCUGGUCUUUAGGUGGAUUACUGUAAUUCUCUGACAUACUCAGGUGAAGGACUGUAGAUAUGAAUUACAAGCAAAAAAAAUAGGAAGUGGUUUAUUGAUAAGAAGAAGACUGAAUGGUUUUGUCUAAAGUUGUCAGCAUAAUUGCUUGAUGGGAAGUUGGAGAUAAUCACAAAUCAUUCUUAAUUUUGAUAUUUUCUAGGUACUUUAUAAAUUCUUCACCUAACUUCUUUCUUUCUUCAAGAUUUAAAGCCUUUGUUUAAAGAAUUUGAUGGCAAAUGUGCAAACAUUGCUAAACUUGCAAAAGAGUGAGGUUUUUUGACUAGAGUGAUUAAGUGCCUGGAAUUAUAUUUCAGAGACAUUCGUAUUGAGUGCAAGCCUGCCAUGACUAGACCAGAUCUGGCCAGGAAUAAUCUGAAAGAUCUGAAAUCAUAACCACUUAGCAACACAGUUGUCAUAUUAUUCUCGUGCUUGAGGGGCUCUUUUUUUAAAUCCUGACUUGCUAUUGGUUCCUUACUUAUUGUGGGCACGGCCACAAUUCAACUAGUUGUGCAGCUAUUAAAGUAUUUAAUGUUUAAUUGAAUUCCAUUAUUGCUUCAUUUCAUAUGCAAAUUUUCAGUUGUGUAAAUACAUUGAGUGUGUAGGGGUGGGAAGUAAAGAGCCAAUCCAGAAGGCUAAUUGUGCAGUAAAGAGUUUAAAAUAUGCUUCCAAAGUGUGUAUGGUCUGUUCUAUAUAUAAAUGCGCAUUAUAUAUAUAUAUAUAUAUAUAUAUAUAUAUAUAUAUAUAUAUAUAUAUAUAUGCACAUAUAUAUUAAAAUAAGAUUUACUCUGUGACUGGAGGUACUCUAUGCAAAAUGGACUCUACAAAUUUUGGAUGCAACAGUUAAACUAAAAAUGAAGGGAGCUUGCGACUAAACAUGAGUAAAAGCACAUUGUAUAUGUUUUCUUACGUUGCACUCCAAUGCAGUUACAUGCAGCAUUUACAAUAGAAAAAAUUGUGCUGGUAUUACACAUAAAGCUCACUGUAAAAAAAAGUGUGGCUCAUAGAUUAAUCAGUUACUGGAGAAUACUGUACAGCACCAAAUUUUCUUCAAAAGUAUUCAUUCCUUUUGCUUGCUUACACAGGCUUUAUGUCAAAGUAAAAAUAAAAUUGCAGCAGUAAAACCUAGGUAACAUUCUCUCCAACUUGUCACUGCCUGGCUUUAACAUUCCUCAGAAGUUUUGUUAUAUAUGUAAGAGAUAAUGAAAAUGACAUUGUGUCAUGGGUAACAAAUUUUAUUAAAGGUACUUUUUACACCUGACACCAUAAUAUAUUUCCUAGGAUUUAUUUUGCUCGCUAAAAGUUUUCAGUCCUUUAUAGAAACAAAAAACUGAGAAAAUACUUUAAACAUGCCAGAUGACAGCAAUUUCAUAGCAUGUCUUAUAGCUCAAAUGGCUAAUCACAGUAAUGGCAACCAUUGUGAAUGGCAGCUGUCUUUAUUUCUUGGUGUAAAGAACAUCAAUUGUACUUGCAUAAUGAGAUUAUAUUUCCUAAAGUACCUUUAAAAGGAUUAUUUUAUUUCAAAAUGAGAAACCAAACAAUGAAGACAUAAGAUUAAUGGCAUGGUUACAUUCCAGUUUUAAUGCAAGUUGGAGGAAGACAGAUUGAUUUAAAUUUAACUUUGUUCACCUUUACUCAAAGUUGUUGGUCUGAUACUGGAAUCUGUGUUUACUAUCCUCCUGUUUUUUUCUUUUUUGGGAAUAGUAUUCAAUUUUAUCACAUUAAAGACAAGAAUCUAUCUUGAAAUAAUUGUUAGUGAUGUUGGUAAGAAAACUGUAGGGACUGUAAUUAAAUACCUUGAAAUAGAGCCUAUGUAGACCAGCAGGAAAGGCACUGUUUCUUUCAUUCCACAUAAUUGUAUUAAUGCUAUUUGAUGUCUGUUUUAGUGAACACUAUAUCCUUUAAACUUUCCCUGAUGGAUGAGUGUCUUAGUUGUCUUUAAGUAUGAAUAAAACAUUUGUCUGGUGCAGAUAAAGUGUUCCCUUUGUACCAUGUAAAUAUAACUUCUUUUCUACAGCAGAUUUUGAACAAUUUUAUUUGGUCUGACAUUCAGCAUGUGGAUGUGAAAUGUUUGUUGUUUAGAAAAAAACUUUUUAAAAAAAAAGACAAAAAAACAUUGAAACAAUCCACAAAAAGCUAUUCUGUAUAACUGUUCCAGGAGUGCGGUGAAGUGCUGAGGUCCUCAGUGAUGGCUGAAUUGCGUAUGUGCUGUCAACCUUUCAGUACUUGUACACCAAACCCACUGUUUCCUUUUUGAAAAUAAAUUACAUUUGUCCUUGAUUUAAGACAAGUGUUGCUAUAUUUCUGUUACAUUGGUAGAUGUUGCAUGUUUUAUGGGUGGUCCUUGUUUUUUUUUGGUUGCUUCUAGAUUCUCGACAAAGCCAAAUCAAUAUGAAGGAUAUAUAAAUAGAGACAAUUAUACCACAUAAUUCCGGUUUAAAUAAUGCUUGUAAAUUUGUCUGGAAUCACAUUCUAUGUAAAGAUCACAGUGUGCUGAUUGUGUGGUUGUACACAGAGUGUUUCUAGGGACACUGGAUGCAAACUGUGGUGUAUAAAGGCUGUUACCCUAUCCUCGCUAAUAAAUAUUGGAAAUAA